GAACCGCACCAAAAACUGUCAGGUUAUUUUGUAAUCUGACGAGAACGCUUGGAUUUGAUGAAGCUGAAAAAACGACUGCAGUGCAGGAAUUAAGGUAAAACUUCGUGAAAUGAAGUUUGAUUUAAUUCAUAAAUUAAGUUGAAUUAACAUACUUGAACCGACCUGACCGCGUAGCUCAGUUGGCAGAGCAUUGGGCUAGUAUUCCAAAGGUCGUAGGUUCGAUUCCCAUCGUGGCCAGGCAUAUUUUUCAAGCUUGCCCGGUGUGGAUAUACACUCAGAGUAACAUCACAAACAUCCGUCAAGUUUAAUUAAUUUGUGGUACGGUACCAAUGAUCUGCGAUUUAUUGAUUCAAUUUUUUUUAGUCUUACUGCAGAAAAUGUUGCUGAAGAUGUCCUAAUUCCCUUGAAAUUUGUGAAAUUUCAAUAUGUGCAAUCCGUUACGGUGAGUAUGGCGGACGCCAGCCAUGAGCCAGGGAUUGAGACACUUUACAUAAAUGGUUAAUAUAUACAAUUUAAUUUUCAACUAGCUUUUUAUAAAAGACAACCAAGGCGGCGAGGAGACGACGAUAAUCAAUUCACUUUCUUUCAUUGGUACAACAGUAGCAGCGACCAAUAUGAGCGAUUUUAAAAGGGUGAGAAUAUAUGAAUUUAAACUAACUGUAUACUAGCUGGAGACGUCAGUUUUGAACUGUUUACCCUAUCGUACAGUAUUUAAAGAGCUAUUGCUUAUUGAUCCAUUCGACUUGAGUGGUAAUUUUUGUGACUUGUGACUUGACUUGUUGAUCAGAUUAACGACUUGUGACUUGAUUCGAACUUGCAAGAAAUGACUUGUUACCGUAAAGUCGUAAAUAUCUAUAGUGAAAUUGACUUUUCUACAACUUGCAAAUCCGUCGAUGCAAUUGUGCAGCCAGGUUGGCGUAUCGCGCUGUAUGACUGUGAGCUUGUCAUGGAUUGUAUAUUGAUAUAUAAUUGUGACUCCCCAGUUCAUUGUAAAAAGAACUGUGCAGAAUAACUUGUGACUUGACUUGGACUCUUGCAAGAAGUAACUUGACUUGGUCUAAAUGACUUGUGACUAAAUAGACAAUUCCCAUUAUGGACUAAUUUUAAAACUAGGCAAGGAGAUGUAAAUAAAUCACCACAGCUGGAAAGAACAUACUAAAAUGAGUAAAUUGCAAAGUUUGGUUGCGAAAUGUUGUAAAAUGCGGAAAAUACAGCCUUGCAAAGUUUGCAAAUUUUCUACACUUUUGUAUUGCGUGCGGAAAUCGCCACCGUUUUCGGCCCAAAUGUGGUAUAGCAAUUCCCGCACGCAAUACAAAAGUAUAGAAAAUUUGCGAACUUUGCAAGGCUAUAUUUUCCGCAUUUUACAACAUUUCGCAACCAAACUUUGCAAUUUUGCUCAUUUUAGUAUGCCCUUUCUAGCUGUGAUGAUUUAUUUGCAUACCCUUGUCUAGUUAUAAAAUUAGUCUAUAAUGGGAAUUGUCUAUUGACUUAAGCCCGUUCUCCACUACGCGAAUUUGUUCGCGCGACGCGAAGCGAAAACCGAAAUCCGGCAACGUGAUUGGUCGGCGAAAAAAUUCGCGGCGAAAAAGUAGGAUCGCUUCCUACUUUUUAUCUGUUCGCGCGAAUAAAUUCGCCUAGUGGAGAACGGGCUUUAGUCACAGACAAAAGAACCUGUGACUCGACUUGACUUGAAUUCGCGAGAAAUAAUUUGUGACUUGACAUGGACUUGCAAAAUAAGACUUGUUACCGCGAGAUUCUCUUUGAUGGAACCCAACAUCUUUAAUUUCCUCUUGCUAAGGUCGCUGGAAAGGAAGGAGAGACUCACGGAUAA